GAUCACAUGGAAAACAGCAGAUAUUCUGCAGUGUUUGAAUGUCAAUCUAUAGGAUGGUUAUUUCGAAUUAAAUAACAUAUUUUUACCGAUCUAUGCUACAAUUUUCAGAAUAAAAAUCUUGAGGUGAAAGGAAGGAUUCCUUGGUUUAGUAACAAGAGUCACACAAGUACAGCUAAUUUAUCACAUUGAAAUCAUAUAUAUGCCGUAUCUACGUUCGUGAUCUUCUGUUUAACUUUCCAGACAUACAUUUCUAGUCUAACAUUAUUUUCUCGUCAACUACUGAUGUCACUCAUCUCUAUUUUCAAAGUUUUCCUUCAAACAAUCAGUCUGAAUAGCUCGCCUAUAUCAUUUCCUUUCUUCCCAUUCCUUCUCUUAGCCAGAAAUGGAGUCCUGGCUUUCUAAACAGUCUGCUUUUCUUCCUCUUUUCUUCAUUAAGUUCUUGGUUUUCGUCGAGCUUCCUGUGUCUUUAUGCGCCAAUGAUUGGUAUUCGAGUUGUAGUAAUCAGUUCAACUGUGGGAAGAUCACGAACGUGGGCUAUCCAUUCUGGGGAGAUGGCAGACCGGAUGCGUGUGGCCAUCCAGAUCUAAAGCUCAAUUGUGCAAAAGAUAUCACCACCAUAGAAAUUAAGAACCUGACAUACCGGGUUUUGGCUGUCAAUGAAAGUACCAAAAUCCUCAAAAUUGUGAGGGAGGACUACUGGGGUGGAAUUUGUUCGCCACGCCUCGAGAAUACUUCCCUAGAUCCCGACCUUUUUUAUUAUGGCCCUGGCUACAGUGACAUUACCUUGAGCUAUGGCUGUCCUCUCCCAGUACUGUCCACUUGCGCCAUUAACGGGUUUAAUAAUACGGGUGUGAUCGUACAAAUUGGAGCUCAAGGCCCUGGGUUAUGUACUGCAAGCGUGGUUUUUCCUGUUGGUAUUCUAACUUCUUCAAUUUAUAGUGCUCUUCAGAAUCUGGCACUAAUUGAAGCAGCCAUCAAAGGAGGCUUUGAUGUGAAAUGGAAGGAAGAUACUGCAGCUUGUAGUGCCUGCACUGAGUCUAAGGGAGUUUGUGGUUAUGACGUGAUCAGUAAAACUAGAACUACUUGCUAUUGCCCAGAUCAAUCUUCUGGCUUAACGUGUUCUUCCUCGCCUGCUGGAUCUCCCCAGGUACCUUCAACUGAAACAGACGACAAAAGCAAAAGUAGUGACACAUCACUGGUAGUAGGCCUUGGCGUAGGAGGUGCUGGGAUUGUUGGCCUUUUACUAGGUUUCUGGAUCUUUUCCAUCAUGAGACGAAGGAAGAGACUUGCCAAUGAAUCUAAAAGCAAAGACCUGUCUACACCUCCUUCAACCAAAGGCGUUCCUGCUCCUUCAAUUAAUUUUUCUCAAAGCACCCCAUCUUAUCCCUUCUUAAAAUCGGAUCUUGAAAAGGGAAGCACGUACUUUGGAGCUCAUAUCUUCAGCUAUGAGGAACUGGAAGAAGCCACUGACAAUUUUGAUUCUUCUAGAGUACUUGGAGAUGGAGGCUUUGGCAAAGUUUACUAUGGCAAGCUCCGUGAUGGGCGGGUAGUUGCAGUGAAGCGCCUAUAUGAAAACAAUUUCAAACGUGUUGAGCAGUUCAAGACUGAAGUUGCAAUCCUAACUCGUUUACGGCACCAAAAUCUUGUCACCCUGUACGGGUGCACCUCAAAGAGUAGCCAAGAACUUCUCCUUGUUUAUGAAUACAUUCCUAAUGGAACUGUCGCUGAUCACCUCAAUGGAAGCAGGUCAAACUCCAGUUUGCUGACUUGGCCCAUUCGGUUAAGCAUAGCCAUAGAGUCAGCUGGUGCAUUGGCCUACCUUCAUGCGUCAGAUGUUAUACACCGUGAUGUCAAAACCAACAACAUUCUCCUAGAUGAGAAUUUCUGUGUGAAAGUGGCUGAUUUUGGUUUGUCGCGACUGUUCCCAACAGAUGUCACCCACAUCUCGACGGCUCCACAAGGGACGCCUGGUUACGUUGAUCCUGAGUAUUACCAGUGCUACCAACUCACUGACAAAAGUGAUGUUUAUAGCUUUGGAGUGGUCUUGAUUGAGCUUAUAUCAUCAUUACGAGCCGUCGACACCAAUAGACAACGACAAAACAUAAACUUGGCUAAUAUGGCUAUCAGCAAGAUUCAGGAUCAUGCAUUACAUGAGUUGGUCGAUCCAUUUCUUGGGUUUGAAAAGGAUUACACCAUAAGGAGGAUGACAACCUCAGUUGCAGGACUGGCUUUUCGGUGCUUGCAGCAGGAUAGGGAUAUGCGGCCCAGCAUGGAUGAAGUACUGGAGGAUUUGAGGAGGAUCCAGAAUGAAGAGAUGGGAGUCCAGAAAGCAGAAGUGGUGGAUAUUAGUGCGGAUGAUGUUGGACUUUUGAUGAAUUUUCCUCCCCCACUCUCACCUGAUUUGGUUGUGACUGAUAAAUUGGUUAGCAUCUCUACUACGCCAAACUCAUUCUAGCAGUUGAGAUUUCGUAAUCUUUAUUUGCUUAAACUCAAAAAGUUGACGGUAAAAGUAAUUGAAUAUCUGUAGUAGGGUGUCAAUGAGUGGGUCAGUGUUUCGUUAUCUGCACUAUUGGUUGGUUUUGUUUUGUUUUUUCUUAAUAUGAGAUAGGUGAAGGAAUUUCAGAUGCUUGUUGGGCAAUGUACAUGGUAAAUGGAGCUGUGAACAACGAAAUUUUUAACUCAUUUUGGUGUGUAUUAAUUUAAUAACAUGCUUUGAUAAUAUGCUUCAAUAUGAGACUUGGAAGUUUACUUAGUUUGGAUUUAUGGCUAGGAAAGAGAUUUAACUUGUUUUCGUGAAUCUUUCAACCCCAUUUAAAAUUUCUCUGUAGUCCUUUUGUGUCUGCCUAGCAUUUGGUCAAAUGAUCAAUUGGAAAGAUUUUGAUAAUAUACUUGGUACAACUUCUAAGAUCUCAUUUUCUCUUGAUCUUUCUUUG